GAGUUUAAUAUACAAAAAACUUUCAAAGCAAACGGUACGGGUCUGUUUAUUAAACACUCGACUAUAAAAUAGUGAUUAAUAAAAUAAACAAAUUAAAUAAAAUAAAAAACAUAAAUUGUGUUUUAUAAAAAAAAAAUAUUUAAAUUUAAAUAAGGAAUUUUUAAUAAAAAUAAGAAAAAUAUAAAAAUUAUUGAAAAAAAAUUAAAACCGUAAAAAAAUGUUAACAAUACUGUGCACCGUGUUACUCGUUUUGUCGUCAUCUAUUCUAUUAGUCGAAUGUCGCAGUUAUAAUAACGGUUUAAUAUUCUAUAAUUUAGAAAAUCAUAACACUUACCUACCGCCCACUAUAUCGGUAUCGCGCGGACGAGGUCUAGCCAAAUUCAAAUAUUCAGCACGCGGCUCCAUUUGGUCUACAUUUGGGAAACCCUGUGAUUGUGAGGGCCCCUUAUGCGGCUGUUGUGUUGGCAUCAAAGUGAAACAAUAUAAUUUUGAUCAAAAAAUGUGUGUUAAUGUCUCCUAUGUUCGCCCCAAAGACGAAAUCCAAAUGGAAGUUUUUCUCAGUGAUACAGCCACAGCAAAAUACGGAAUUGCGGCACGUAAUCCCUCACCCCUGUGUGUACCCAUUAUGAUGGGUAUACCCAUGUCAAUGUGUGUACAAAUGUCGAACAUAGCAGUGCAGGGUGAUAACCUCAAUAUGUGCAUGGAUUUCCUAGUGCGUUUAGCCUCAACACAACUCUUUGAAAUGCAUUUUCAAUGUAUGAAAGUAGGUUUACAAGGAGCAAGUUGGGUAGGUCCAGAUGGUCAACCGGUAAUACCAUCUAAUGAGAGUAAAAUUAAAGAUCGUGACAGUAAGGAAUCAGAAGAGUAUUAUGAUGAAGCUGAAGAAGAAAAUGAAAUUAUUUCCAAAGAAAAAGAAGAACAAAAGGAUGCUGUAGUAAUGAGUAUGAAGGAGGAGGACUUAAAUAAAGCCGAAGAGGAAAUGGAUGAUAAUGAUGUAAGAGAUACGAUCAUGGAUAUAGUUAAAGAACAGGAAAAGGAAGAGGAGGAAGUAAAAGAUAGCUCAGAAUUGAUGAAAGAGAAUGAAAUAGAAGGUUUAAGUCCGGUACAAGAUCAUAACAAAGUUGAGGAAAUUGUUACAAAUAUAAUGGAGAGCAUAAAUGAAGGCAAGGAUUCGGAUAAGUAUAUAACAAUGCCAAUUGUGGUAGAAAAUGAGCAGCCAAGUGAAAGUUCUAAUAUCGAAAGUGUACAAGAGGAGUCGAAUGUUUUAAGUGAACCGAUUUCUUUAGAAGCCGAAGAGAGUAAUAUGGAGAGUAUAAUGGAAACAAAUGCUUUAGUAGAGGAAGGUUUUCAAAUUAAAUCUCCAGAUAAAAAUGAAGAUAAUAUAAAAGAAUCUAAUGAGAUAACAGAUAAACCAUUAGUAGAAGAAACUGAAUCAUUAAAAUUGGAGAUAAAUGAUUUAAAAGAUUCUACUGUAAAUAAUAUGGAAAUGGAGGAAAGUAAUGAAAUUACUAAAGAUCGUGAAAGUUUACAGGUUAUGCCUAGUUCGACUAUGAAAGAUGAGCUAUAUUUAGAGGAUUUGUUUGAAAAUUCUCCAGAGAAAGAUAUGCAUAUUGAAAACAAUGUUGAGCAACCAGAAAAAGACACUAAUGAAAUCAUGAAAGAAACAAACAUGCAGAUAGAAGAAAAUAUCGAUAAAGAAUCAAAUCUUGAAACGCUAGAAGAUAAUACAGAACAUAUUUCCAAUGAUUAUGAAAUGGGUAAAAUUGAAAAAUUUGAUAUGUUAAUCAAUAAUGAGGGUUCAGAGGAAACAACUGAAAUAAGUCAGAUUGCUAAUGAGCCAAACAACUCUUUGGAAAAUCUCCAGCAACCAAUGGAAACAAGUACUGAACGCUUAAUGGCAGCUAAUUUAAAACCAACAAUGCUACAGAUACAAGCAACUACAAGUGAAACUGAUAGUAUCGAUAGCAUAGAUAAUACUUUAACAACAGCCACAAUUAUGACCACAACAACAACAACUACGACAACAGCAACAAAAAAACCAACUACAAUAGAUAAAAACUCAGCUAUGGCAGUAACAUUUAUAGAAAAUACUGAUGAUGAUGACGAUAAAACUAAAAACAAAGCUGAAGAAGACGACGAUGACGAAGAUAACAACGACGGUGAUAAUAGUCAUGAAAAUGACAGUGAUUAUGAUGAUGAAGAAGAAAGCGAAGAGACUGAAGAUGAAACAACAGAGAAAGGAAUACAAACUAAUGAUGCCAUCACCAACACCAUUGUUAUGCCAACUGCAACAGCUUUAAACCAUAAAGAAUCCUCAGUAACAACACAAAAACUACCAAAUACUUCCAACAGCAAUGAAUCCAACUCUAAUGACGAAACAAAUGAAAAUACUAAAGAUGAAUUCGAGGCUAUAGAAGAGCAAGAGGAGGAAAUUGCAGAUGAAGUAGAGACAGAAUCUAAUGAAGAAAGCGAAAACGAAAACGAUGCUGAGGAAGAAUAUGAUGAUGAAUAUGAAGAUUAUGAAACUACAACAGUAGCUGUAAGUGAUAUUAAAAUGAAUAGUGCUAAUGACACAUGUUGCAAAUCUGCAACACCAGCUGGCGACAUAAAUGACAUGCUAGCAGCAGCCACCACAAAUGAGCAGCUAAAUGACAAUACUAAUACUGCAGUCAUGCCACAAACUAAUACUGUUGCAACACAAAAUAAUUUACAAUUUGUAAGCCAUGACAAUACCAUACCGAUUAGUAAUAGCGACAAUAAUAUGUUAAAUGUUGAAUCAACUACAAAUAAAAUGUCACAAAUCACUAUUAACCCAGCUGCAGCCACAAUUGCAGUGUCUUCAACCACUGCUAGUAGUAAUAGUAAUAAUGCAUUGCCUCUACCGUUGGCUCGUAAAUUAUUUGCACAUCAUCACCAGCAACAACAACAACUACAACAACAACAGCAGCAGCAUCAUCAUCACCAUCAGCAAUAUCAUCGUCAUAGUCGUCAGCAACGUCAGCAUUAUGUUUAAAAUCCUUAAUGCAGUAUGUGUGAGUGUGUGUGUUGCACAUUAUUCAUUUAGUUUAUUGAUGUCAACGCCCCAUUUGACUUUCGUCUGCAAUUCCAAACAAUUGUAUGUAAACUCUUCUAUUCUUAUGUUGGGGUUUAAAAGCGCAAUGAUUUAAUGUGAAUGUAAAUAAUUAGAAUCAAAAAGGAAAACUUAGAAACCUAAAGAAUAGAAGUACAACUUGGACAAUUAAAACCUUUACAAUCUUAAGACUAUUUAUAGUUUAUUUUAGCCAACAUUGCUAAAAAUUUCUUCUACUUAUUAUUUCUUCUAAAUUGCUGUACAUUCUUUAACUUUCUUCUCUUUUUAUAUAAAUUAUUAAAAUCAUGUUAUAUUGUAUACAUGUUAUACAUUGAUAAAUGUUUAUGUAUUUAUGUUAUUAUAUCUAUUAAUUACUCUGACAAUUAAUGGUCUUAAUUUAUUUGUUAAUUUGUUAUUUAUUGAAAUUGAUCUUAUUGUUUAUAUUGCACAUUUGUUUUACUUUAAU